GUGUUUACACAUACGAUCUCUCAAAUACCUCCACACCUGUAUGUAGACAAUGUGUAUAGAAAGGAUCUUCCUACUACGGUCAUUGUUUCAGAACAGCAAAAAUGAUUGGAUUGGCAUGUCUACUUUCUUUGUACAGUAUCCAUAGUGGUGCAACACUGUUGUAAAUGCAGUCAUAAAAAUGGGGUUAAUAAUGAAUUAUAUGCUACACUAGUAGUAAGUAGGAAGGAGUUGCUCCUCCUGCAAUACUCCUCAACUGAAUAUGCGAGGGCAGGAUGGUGGAGCUACAUUGUUGUAUUCUUCCUGAAGGUGUGUUGGAGUAUUUAUUUCCUUUUGUUGCAGAUAUUAUUCAACAGUGCUGUGAAUUUGUGUGACCCCACACAGGACUUCUGGACUUCUUUUCUUCUACUAUCUUAAACUUGGAACUGUUGAAAGUAGGACUUCCGACACCCUGAACUUCCUGUGAUGCUUCUAUGGGACCAUGUUUAUGAAGAAAAGCUUGAAACCAUGCACCUGCUAAGUCUCAGCCUUCCAGUUAUUUAUGACCACUUUGGUCUAGUUGGCUCUACUUGAACAGCAGUGAGUGGUGGACUGAUACCUUCAGGAAGCAAAGAGACCCAUUUCUGAAACCUUAGCCUAGGAUUCCACCUUCCCAUAAUGUCCCUGUAUAUCCAUUUGCUGGCCUGCGCCUUUGGCCUGGGAUCUUGGGUGGCCAUAAAUGGAAUGUGGGUGGAGCUGCCACUAAUCGUCAACAUUCUACCAGAGGGAUGGGAUUUACCUUCAUAUCUUACAGUCAUUAUACAGCUGGCCAAUAUCGGGCCUCUCCUAGUUACCCUUGUGCAUAAACUGUGUCCAGGUCGACUACAUGAGAAUCUAGUAAUCUAUGCAGUGCUGACAGUUGGUAUAUUAGCAUGCAUCCUUCUGACAGUAUUUUGGGAGAAGACAACAGUGUUUUUAGGUCAACCAAGAAGCAUGGCAUUCUUCAUUAUCACUUUCUUUUUGUCUCUUGUGGACUGCACAUCCUCUGUCACCUUCCUGCCCUACAUGAUGCAACUCCCGAACAAAUACAUCACCACCUACUUCAUUGGUGAAGGAUUAAGUGGCUUUUUGCCUGGGGUUGUAGCUUUGGCACAAGGGGUUGGCAUGGCCAAAUGUGUUGAUGUCCCUGACCCAUUAUCAAACCUCUCAAACCCAGCACAUGAGAACACCACUCUGGAAGCUCAGUACCUACAUCCCAACUUCUCCACAGAGAUCUUUUUCUCUUUUCUGGUGGUCAUGAUGGUGAUAAGCCUUGGUGCAUUUGGUUUGCUAAACCAUGCCCCUCGAACGUUUACACUCUCCACUGAAGAUCUGGUGUCUGAACCAGGGACAGUGGUAACAGUCAGUGGAGGUCUGGAAAACGAGGCAGCAAACAAUUCAGGCAAGAACAAUCAAGAAGGUGCCACUGUAGACCAGCCCAAGCCGCUGAUAGUGAAGCGGUACUAUUCCAAUUACGAGCUCACCUUUAUCUACUGCAUGGUUGUGUGGGCGAAUUGCGCAACCAAUGGACUCCUGCCAUCUGUACAAACGUUCUCCUGCAUGCCCUACGGAAAUAUGGUCUAUCACCUCUCUGCUUCGCUAUCAUCACUUGCAAAUCCCAUGGCCUGUUUUAUCGCCAUGUUUGCUCCCAAACGCUCACUGGUGUUACUGGGUAUUCUGUGCUUCCUUGGAACUGGUUGUGGUGGAUACAACAUGACUAUGGCAGUCAUGAGUCCCUGUCCAUUGCUUCAAGACUCACAACUAGGAAAAACUCUAAUUGUUCUGUCAUGGAUUCUCUUCACUGGCCUUCUGUCCUAUAUAAAGGUGAUGGUGGGAGUCAUUCUAAGGGACCAGAGCCAUAUCGCCCUGGUGUGGUGUGGAGCUGCAGCACAGGCUGGAUCUCUAGUGGGAUCAUUAAUUAUGUUUCCCCUAGUCAGCAUUUAUCAUCUGUUUAAGUCAGGGGAUAUGUGCAACAGCAAGUGCACACUCUGAUCCAUUCCUGUGAGUUUGCAUAAGGAGCUUUAUGUGUUUAAAAAAACAAAUAUUUGAAUUAAUUAUGAAUGAUAACAUUGUAACUGUAAAUGUGUCUAUGCUCCCUUUGUAUAGUAGCAGUAAUACAUUAUUGACACAGUACACAAGUCAUGUACUUGAGUGGAAGUAGGAUCAUACUUGGUGAAUUUUGCAUAUGCUAUUAUAUAAAUAUUAGUUUAUUCAUCUUUAUUAACUACUUUAUCCUAUUCGGGAUAAUUCUGUAAAUAAUGUAGAACUCCAACACGCACACACACACACACACACACACACACACACACACACACACACACACACAUGCUGCCCUAUUGUGUACUCAAUAAAUGGCAUAUAAGCAUGUCAUUACAAGUUCCAAAAAUAUUUUACACCUCAUUAGUUUUGUCAACAUUUAAUACAAAAAAAUAUCACAUAUACGAAGAUUGGUCCAAACAAUUUUAAUGUUUUUUCAAUUAUGUAUUUAUACUGAAUGUAAAUACAACAUACUUAAUAUACACAAUAUACUCAAUGAGGUUCACAGUCUUAGCCAAAAGUUCCUAAAAUUGAUAUUUAAAUGUAAAUCCCCUGAUCGAGACUCUGAAUCUGUUCGAGUUCUAAGUCACAACAAAACUGUAACUUAAAGUAUCACGGUAUUGUACACAUAGUAAAGCUAGAGACUCAAAGCACUUUUGUACGUCGCUCUGGACGAGGGUGUCUGUUAAUGCCGCAAAUGUAAAUGCAAAUGUACAAUAUCCAUGUUUAAAACUUAAAAGUGUGCAUUGCAUGAUUAUGAUUUCAUUUUGGCAAGAAUUCAAUGACAUUUCUGUUACGUAAUAUUUUACUUUGUUCUUUUUUGUUAGUGUGUCUGCAGUGGGAUGUAAUGAAAAAGAGUUACAGAUUAGAAUUUGUGUUAAUUAGAAACAAAACCCUGCUCACAUGCCUCUGCUGCAGGAGGCAGAAACAGAUACAUUUGCAGUAUUUAACUGUAGGAUUGAUCAAAGAUUUAUGAUGCCAGAUGCUUAUGUCCAGAAAUCAGAAUUUCUGUAACAUUAAUAUUGCUGUUACGGUAAGCAAGCACCUAAUUAAUAAGCCGUCUUCAUCAGAGGUGCUGGAGUCAUCCUCAUCCUAAUCCUCAUCUUCCUUCUGCUCCUCAUCAUCAUCAUCCAAAUCCUCCUCCUCCUUCUUAUCAUCAUCAUCAUCAUCAUCAUCAUCAUCAUCAUCAUCAUCAUCAUCAUCAUUAUCAUCAUCAUCAUCAACAUUAUCAUCAAACCACUGCUGCAAGAGCUUAUUUUCCAGACAACCUUUUGAAGUAGUCCUGAACUGAAAUGGAAAUUUCCCCUUAGGCUCCAAAAAUCUUUUGAAAGCUGUAAUUAUUACUUCAGAUUGGAAUUUUAAAUAUGUAGCAUGUCUUCAUAUUAACUCUGCAUAUGUGUGGCAUAAAAUUAUUGGAUUUGAAUAUUUUAGAGGUGUUUGGCUUGUGUUUUGAGCUCUCUCUUGAAUCUUUUAAAAUGUCACUAUUGUAUGCAAUUAAAAUCAUUCCUGAACUACUAAAUAGUGUCAGGAAUAUUUUGGACUUA